AAGUAUGACAGGUUCUACAAUUGGGUUACCCAGUUUUAAAACUUGUAUGGUAUGAUAAAGAAUCUGAAACUUAGAACAGGACUGAAAACAAAAACCAUUCACAACUGCAUUGCUGGGGUUGACUGCCAGAAUGGUUAUUCCAGUACUUUCUGUUACCACAGUAUAUCUUAUAGCACAAAUUUUUCCUUCAUCCUCUGUUUAAACACCUGCUACCUGAUAAGACAAUCCAUUUUAUUGCAUAACAGCCAUAACCAUUAGGAAUUUUUCCUAAUGUCCAAGCAAAAUCUAUUUCUUUGUAAUUUAAGCCAUUGUCUUGUCUUCUGGAAGAACUGAGCAAUUCUGCUUCAUUUUCUACACAAUAACUCUUGCAGACAGCUAGCAUAUCUCCCCACCAAUUUCUCCAGAUUAAACCCACCCAGUUUCUCCAACUGUACUUGAUAAUUUGUCAUUUCUGGGCCCUUCUUGAUUGCUUUCCGGUGGAUGUGCUCCAGUUUGUCAGGUUCUUCCUAAAAAACAGUACCCAGAACUACAAUAUAUGAAAUAUUCUUAACCAAUCUCUAGUUGAGUUACUGAGGCAGGUUGGUUUAUUGAUUGUAUCAGGAUAAAAUAAAUAUUUAAGAUAAGCAUGAGAUAACAAACAAAAAGAGUCAUCCCAUUAGGAAAAUCUUAUGUAUAUAUGAAAUUGUUACCUACUGUGCCUCAGCAGGUGGCAGCUUUGGGCCAACCUUAUCUGGAAUUGGAAGCUAAACCUGAUCAGUGUUUGAGAAUUACAUAUAUGGAUAUGACCAUGAAAUCAUUCACAUCAAGCCUGAGUUAAAGAAGACUUUACUUUUACCUUUUCCUACAAUAAGAAUUUAUUUGUGUAGGAUUUUUUUUGUCUGUAGCUUUAGCCUGGCUAGGAUUAACAAAAUUACGGAAGUGGUCAAGAAAGGCUGAAGAAUGAGCAAACAAUGGGAAAACAAGUCAGAAGAAUAGAUAGAAGCCCAAAUAUUCUGAACGUCUAUCUUUGUGUCUCUUUAACAUUAGAUCUGUAGUGUCUGUUAAACUAUGUGAAGUUCAAAGGAGGAGGGAGGUUGCAGAGACUUGAAAGAUAUGAACUGGCAUUAGCCCAUUUAUUAAAGAAAGAGAAAGAAAGAAAUACUGGUGGUUGAUUCGUUUUUCCAGGAAAAUCUAUUCUGAUUGUGAUCAAGUUGCAUUUAUUUUCAGGUCUGGCUUGUUUUUUCUCUCCUUUUUUUAUUCUUGAGGUUAAGCUUAAUUUGCUUGUUUCUUUUCUCUUAUUAGGGUAAAAUAGUUGCUCAAAAAUACCUCUGGUGACAAUUAGGGGAGAAGAGGCCAGUCUUGGGAGUAGGAUGAAAAAAUCAUGACAUCUUCAGGAAAAGAGAAUUUUCGACUGAAGAGUUAUAAAAACAAGUCUCUGAACCCUGAUGAAAUGCGUCGCCGUCGUGAGGAAGAGGGCCUUCAGUUGCGGAAGCAAAAACGAGAGGAGCAGUUGUUUAAACGUAGAAAUGUUGCCACAGCUGAUGAAGAGACAGAGGAGGAAGUUAUGUCAGAUGGUGGUUUCCAUGAAACUCAAAUGAAUAACAUGGAAAUGACAUCUAAUGCAGUGAUUACUUCUGACAUGACCGAGAUGAUCUUUUCCAAUAGUCCCGAACAGCAGCUCUCAGCUACCCAAAAGUUCCGAAAACUUCUCUCAAAAGAACCAAAUCCUCCUAUAGAUGAAGUUAUCAGCACACCAGGAGUUGUUGCCAGGUUUGUGGAGUUCCUCAAACGGAAAGAAAACUGCACAUUACAGUUUGAAGCCGCCUGGGUUCUGACUAACAUUGCCUCUGGAAAUUCCCUUCAAACUCGGAUUGUGAUCCAAGCAGGAGCUGUUCCUAUUUUCAUAGAACUACUCAGCUCAGAAUUUGAAGAUGUACAGGAACAGGCUGUUUGGGCUCUUGGUAAUAUUGCAGGUGAUAGUACCAUGUGUAGAGACUAUGUACUUGACUGCAACAUCUUGCCCCCUCUAUUACAAUUGCUUUCCAAACAGAAUCGUCUUACCAUGACUCGGAAUGCUGUAUGGGCACUAUCUAAUCUUUGCAGAGGGAAGAAUCCUCCUCCAGAUUUUGUUAAGGUAUCGCCCUGUCUGAGUGUACUCUCGUGGCUGCUGUUUGUCAAUGAUACAGAUGUUCUAGCAGAUGCAUGUUGGGCACUCUCCUACUUGUCUGAUGGACCCAAUGAUAAAAUUCAGGCUGUGAUCGAUGCUGGAGUGUGUAGGAGACUUGUAGAGCUGUUGAUGCACAAUGAUUACAAAGUGAUUUCUCCUGCCUUGCGAGCAGUUGGGAAUAUUGUUACAGGAGACGAUAUCCAAACCCAGGUAAUACUGAACUGUGCAGCCCUGCAAAGUUUAUUACACUUGCUAAGUAGUCCUAAAGAAUCAAUCAAAAAGGAAGCAUGUUGGACAAUAUCAAACAUUACAGCUGGAAACAGAGCCCAGAUUCAAACUGUCAUAGAUGCCAAUAUUUUCCCAGCUCUAAUAAAUAUUUUGCAAACUGCUGAGUUUCGAACAAGAAAAGAAGCAGCUUGGGCUAUCACUAAUGCAACAUCAGGUGGCUCUGCUGAACAAAUAAAAUAUCUAGUAGAACUCGGUUGCAUCAAACCACUCUGUGAUCUCCUUACUGUGAUGGAUUCAAAGAUUGUGCAGGUAGCACUUAAUGGACUUGAAAACAUCCUGAGGCUGGGUGAGCAAGAAGCAAGAAGAAGUGGCACUGGCAUUAAUCCAUACUGUGCACUCAUCGAGGAAGCCUAUGGUAAGGAUGAUGGCUAGAAACCAGGAGGCUGAGCUUGCUCUUUGCCUCCC